AUGAACACGCCCCUCAGCAUCAGAACGGUGGAGGUGACAAGGGAGGAGGUUGCGAGGGAGAGGCUCGUCUUUAAUCGAGCAAUCAUGGUGGGCGUAAUUGCGCCGGUGGGUGGACAGAAACACGCAGAGCAACUAUGGGACUGGGUGCUGGGCAACCUGGUGUCGCAGCAGCAUGACGGCACUUGCGCGCUGAAAACCAUGGCGGAGCUCACGGUGGAGCUUGGUGGGAAGGGCCCAGCCAGGCUAGCAUUGAGAGCUUUCGCAGCUACACCAACAGAAUGGAAGAAGGAGCUGCUGACCCCCUGCACGAACUCGGCUAGCUGGGACGACAUGACGGGCGGAACACCACUUCCGCGCAUCCCAAUUCUGGAAGGAGGGGGGGUGAUUCCACUGAAGCAGAUGCGGUGGCAUUGGAAGGGGAAACGCGCGCAGUCUCAUCGAAUGCUGAGAUGGGCGGGCCAGUGGAGCGAGUCGAUUAACUGGAAGAAAAAUUUGGGCAUUCGGGAGUCAUUGGUCACCCCCAGCAGACCAAGGGAUGUUCUCACGCGGGUGUACAACUUCAACCUCCAGUCUCUCGCCGAUUCUCUCAGCCGCAGGGGCCCUGAUCGAUCCUCCGCCCUCUCCCUUCAGCUGCCGUUUCCCACCACCAUCAAUGCCUCUCCACCGCUUCCCACCGCACUCUGUCCCCUCACACGCCUGUCCUUGCUAGCUUCAGUGCUGCAAGUUCGGGGGGAGGGGGAGGGCGCGGGGGGGGGAGGGGAUGCGAAAAGGGGGGAGAGUGUGGGAGGAGGAGAGGAGGGAGGUGAGGGGAUGAUGAAUCACAGGGUACAGGGUCCUGCAGAGAGGAGGGAGGGUGGUGAAGGGGGGCACGUUGAGUGUGACGGUGAGGUCCACAAAAGUGAGGGAGGAGUAAAUGAGCAGGGAGGAGAGAAUGAGGGAGGACAAAGCGGGUUCCAGCAAAGACAGUGUGGGGCGCCCCAAAGAAAGGGACGGAGUGGGUACCAGGCAGCUGACCAAGGAGUGGGCGGGGAGGCGAGAGGAGGAGAGGGAGGAGAGGUGUCACAGCCUCUGAUGGAUCAGCACGGCAAUGUCCUCCUAUUUAACGGUGAGAUAUUCGGCGGGCUGCCCGGCCUUCAAGCAGAGCAGAACGAUGCACAGUGCCUCCUCUCCUCCCUCUCCUCCUGCUGCUCCUGCUCCUCCUGCUCCUCCUGCUGCUCCUGCUCCUCCUGCUCCUCCUGCUGCUCCUGCCUCUGCCCCACCCCGCGCGCCCUCAACACAACUACCGGUGCAGCAAGCAUGAAGAAUGGUCAUAAUAACAACGUUACCACCACCACCACCAGUGAAGAUGCCCAUUUAAGCAGCAACCUCUGCAGCAGCAGCAGCAGCAACAUCCCAUCAAGUCCUGUCUCUUUCUCUCAACCUUCCUCCUCCUCUCCUCCCUCUGCCCAUCCUGACCCCCCGCCCUCCCCACUCUCCGCCCAUCCUGACCCCCCGCCCUCCCCACUCUCCGCCCGUCCCGCUCUCCCCUGCGCCCACCCCCACUCCGUCCCCCGCCUGCUCUCCUCUCUCCGCGGCCCCUUCGCGCUGGCCUAUUGGCAGGCGACAGCUGGCACGCUCUGGUUGGCCCGCGACUUCAUGGGGCGGCGCAGCCUGCUGCUCCACGGGCCGUGCGUUGAAGAGAGUGGGGAGGGGAGAGGGGAGGCCGAAAGAGGAGUGGGAAGCACUUUUGUGGUGAGCAGCGUGUGCCCCUCGCCUCGUCCUCCCCGCCUCUCCAUUCCUGAGAGACGAAAGAGUGAAGCGCUGACAGGGGAGGGGGCAUUGGAAAGAGCAGAGAGGACAGGAGGGGGACGAGUAGAGAGAGGAGGGGAAAGUGCGAGAAAAGGGGCAGGGGAUCGAGGAGCGGUGAGAGGUGAGCGAGGGAUUCGAGCAGAGGCAGGAGAAGGAGGGGAGGUAGGAGGAGGAAGAAGUGGUGGUGGGGAAGCGGUUGAUCAGAGUGGUUUGCCCGAGUUUGGGUACUGGAAGGAGGUGCCAUGCGGAAUAUACAGCUCUGUGCUUCCUUCACAUGGCGCUGUGCCAUCAUGUAGCGAGGGAGUGAGUGAGGGGUUGAGAGAGGGCGAGGGAGUGAGUGAGGGGUUGAGAGAGGGUGAGGGAGUGAGGGUGACGGUGGACGAGUGGGAGUGGUUCCGGCAUGAGUGGGAGGAUAGGACCGUCCAGCGACUGCUGACAUGGCAGCGACCAAUGGCAGCUGACGUGGCAACCCAAGGUGCUGAGCUGGCAGGAGGGGGCUCCGAGGUGGAGCACUCCAGUACUGAGCUGGCAGCAGGUGAUGCUGCUGACUCAGCAGCAGCAGAUAACGUGCUGUCAGCACUGGAUAGAGCAGUAGGGAUUCGAGUGACGCAUAUUCGAGAGGGGAAGCACAUUGGAAAAGGUAUUCCCAUUGGCCCACUGGACGGGCAAGGAGCAGCGGCAGCACCAGUGGGGGCUUGUGUGAGCAGGGAAGAAGAGGCAGCAGCACUGGCAGAUCCAGAGGCAGCAGCCGAGGCAGCACUGGUGGCAGCACGGGCAGGAGAUGUGUGCAGAGAGGCAGAGGCAGCAGCCCUGGCAGAUCCAGAGGCAACGUCAGAGGCAGCACCGUUAGCAGAUGCGUGCAGGGAGGCAGAGGUGGCACCGGUGGCGGUGCUGUUCUCAGGGGGACUCGACCCCAUAACACCAGAAGCAGCACCAGUGGCAGCAGCAGAAGCAGAAGCAGCAGCAGCAGGAGAUGUGUGCAGAGAAAGGGAGGAGGCAGAGGAGGCAGAGGAGGCAGAGGAGGCAGAGGAGGCAGAGGAGGCAGAGGUGGCAGAGGUGGCAGAGGUGGCAGAGGUGGCAGAGGUGGCAGAGGUGGCAGAGGUGGCAGAGGAGGCAGAGGAGGCAGAGGUGGCAGAGGUGGCACCGGUGGCGGUGUUGUUCUCAGGGGGGCUGGACUCCAUGCUGCUGGCGGCCCUGGCCCACCGCCAUGUGCCCAUCCACCGGCCCAUCGAGCUCCUGAAUGUGAGCUUUGCCGGGGCAGCAGCGCCGGACAGGCAGACAGCGAGGAAAGGAGUGAGGGAGCUGGUGCGAGCAUGCGAGGGGAGGAGGUGGCAUCUGGUGGAGGUGGAUUCGACCCUCUCAGACGUGGACCAAGUCAAGACGCACCUGCUCUCCCUGCUCUGCCCCUCCCACACGCACAUGUUUCCCGCCAUGCCCCGCCAUGCCACUCACUGGCUUGCCAAACCUGGGACCUCAACAUUGCUGCGGCACUGUGGAUUGCUGCUAGAGGGGAAUGGCGACUGCUUUGCUACAUCACCCCCUCCUUGCCUCGUUCCUUCCCCCAAACCUCUCCCUUCGCCCUCCGUUCCUUCUCCCCCUCGUCCAAUCUCCUCCCAUGCUCCCAGGAAGGACCUCAACGUUGGUGCAGCGCUGUGGCUGGCUGCUAGAGGGGAGGGGAGAGCUCUUCCCCUUCCGCCAGCAGUAUGGCUAACAGUGCUACUGCUGUCUCUGCCCACCGCUGCCUCCCCCUGUGCUCCCAGGACCCACAACAUUGGAUUGGAGCGGCCCUGCGGCUGGCUGCUAGAGGGGAGGGGAGAGCUCUCCCCUUUCCGCCGGCACUUUGCCCCUUCUGCCCAACUGCCCUCUGCCCUUCUGCCCCCCCCACCCCCCCAUUGCUCCCAGGACCUCAACAUUGGUGCGGCACUGUGGCUUGCUGCUAGAGGGGAUGGCAGGAUGAUACGCUCUGGGGGGGAGGGGGAGGGCGAUGGGGAAGAGGAGGAAGAGGCGUGCAGAGCGGCGAAGGGGAGUGUGGAGGGGUACAGAGCACAUGCGCGAGUGGUGCUCGUGGGAACGGGUGCAGAUGAACAGUCAAAGUUCAGGCAAGGAGGGAAGGUGGAAUGGCAGGUGUUGGUUAGCUCUCAUGCCUCCCAAGCAAGCAUGACAGCCGUCUCCCAUGCUGUCAUGCCGUCUCCCAUGCUGUCAUACUUCAAAGAGCGCGGAACAGCUGUCAGCUGGCCAUCCCUAGAGAGCGAGAUGAGGGAGGACGUGCAGCGUUUGUGGCGCCGCAAUCUGGGGCGGGACGACCGGUGCCUCUCGGACCAUGGCAGAGAGCCGCGCUUCCCCUUUCUGGACGAGGGAGUCAUGAGCGCGCUGCUGGCCCUUCCACUCCCGUUCAUCACCAACCUGCACCUCCCACCGGGCACAGGAGACAAGCUUAUACUGCGACAGAUAGCUCGCAAGCUGGGUUUAACAGGAGCUGCUGCAUUGCCCAAGCGAGCCAUUCAG